UAUCAAAUAGUGAUACCUAAUCAAUCCUCUUUAAUCUUUGAAAUAAAACUGAAUAAUUGAGUUGCUUUUGGUUGAGCCAAUGGGCUUGACAAAUUUAAAAGGAUUUAGAGGCCCAAUAUUGAAAACAGCAACAGAACAAGCCCACACGUGAAAAACCCUAGAAUCGAAAUUCAGAGUCAUCUUCUUCGAACGCCUUUGUUUGGUUUAGCGAUUUGCGAGCAGCGAAUUUCUUGAAUCCAAGCUCCAAACAUGGCGAAAACCAAUCGCACAGUGUUGCAAUUCUCUUCAUCUUCUUCGUCUUCUCAGAGCUUAUCCGCUAAGGUUCACCCUCUUGUUGUCUUCAACAUCUGCGACUGCUACGUUCGUCGCCCUGAUCAAGCCGAACGCGUCAUUGGUACGCUUCUCGGAUCUGUUCUUCCUGAUGGAACCGUUGAUAUCCGUAAUUCAUAUGCUGUUCCUCACAGUGAGUCUCUCGAUCAGGUUGCGUUGGACAUAGAGUACCAUCAUAAUAUGUUAUUGUCCCACCAAAAAGUGAAUCAAAAGGAAGUCAUAGUUGGAUGGUAUUCAACUGGACAUGGAGUAAACGGUGGAAGUGCAUUGAUCCAUGAAUUUUAUUCUCGAGAAGUACCCAAUCCCAUACAUUUGACUGUUGACACAGGAUUCACAACUGGAGGAGGUACCAUAAAAGCUCAUGUGUCAAACAAUUUAACUCUUGGAGAUAGGCAAAUUGCUGCACAGUUUCAUGAAAUUCCAUUGGAUCUUCGUAUGGUUGAAGCUGAGCGAGUUGGAUUUGAUAUCCUAAAGGCAACCACCGUUGACAAAAUUCCCUCUGAUUUAGAAGGCAUGGAAGCAUCAAUGGAACAUCUGCUAGCUUUGAUUGAUGACAUCUCCAAAUAUGUUGACGAUGUUGUGGAAGGGCGAGUCGCACCAGACAACAAAAUUGGGAAGUUUAUUUCAGAUGCAGUAGGUUCUCUUCCCAAAUUGCCGCCAUCAGAUUUUGAUAAGCUUAUCAAUGACAGCUUGCAGGAUAACUUGCUCAUGCUAUAUUUAUCUAGCAUCACAAGAACUCAACUUAGCUUGGCCGAAAAACUGAACACAGCUGCUCAGAUUUUGUAAUUCUGACUGUCUUUGAGUGAAGGCAAUUUUUCCCUGAUAAAGGUUUCCUUGUCAUAUUUCCAGAAACUUGUAGUAUCAGCAUUUUAUACUUGAGCUUUACUUCUUUUUUUUUUUUUGUUGUAUUUUGUUGUAUUUUGUGCAUGUCAAUGCAUAGGUUGUUUUCUUCUAUAUCUCGUAAAAGGUUGCAGUGUAGCAUUCACUUGUGUAAUUUUUUGUUAUAUCUGAAAGAAAAUGAGCAAAUCCUUUCUUCUAUUA